UUGUGCCGUCUAAAUCGGCCUAUACAAAUAUUUUGUUUGGAGAAACUUCUAGUUCUUCGUGUUGACGAACCCUUUGUAAAAAAAAAUGUACCUUUAAAACAUUCACUGUAUAAUAACAAUAACAAGCACUUAAUAUCAAAACUUUCCGACAGCUCUUUUAAAAAGGUUGUCGGGAGAGAAUGUUGACAAAGAACCGAAGUGCAUUGUGGGUUUUUAAUUUUUAAUUCACUCUCAUCUGUUAAAGACCAACACAACAAACCAACCAACACAACAAUAUCACUCAACUCUUUGUUCCAAUGAAGCAUACAAAACGAGUUAUCGCAGAUGGGAGUCUACAUCAAUAAUCAUUACCCACAAUACCUUUCGAUCAUACAUUCUUCAYCCUGUCUGAUAACCUUAAAAUUUUUGUAUCCACAUCAGCAAGUUGUUAAUAAAUCAAGCUUUACUUCGAAGUAAUGCGAAGCUUACGAAUUAUAUCCGGCGGGCAUUUUUUUCAACACUCGAAGAUAAAAUGCGAGAUUUUCUUCCAUUUGUUCUCCUGUAACCAGGUAGAAAGUAACUUUUUAAAAAUCUAGUUUUUAUCUCCCUUUAUUUUUUAACACCAAGCUUUAUAGGUGCGGCAUUCUUGAUUCUAUUAAAUAAGAGAAAAUUUYUUCAAUCGACUAUAAUCUUUAUUUAAUUCGUAGUAUGGUAAUUGUCUGUGUGUAUCAUUAGGUAAAGGAACUSCUUUCGUGAAAAUUUCGUCUGAUACUGUUAAUCGGCUUAUCUCUAAUUGCCUUGAAACGCACCCAUUGGUUUCGAUUGAUUAGCAGCUAAGCCGCGCUUGUUGUCGAAGCUCUCAUGUAUCGAAUUCAACGUAAAUUCUCCGAUCUUUUUCAAAAUCUCUAAUAAACGGAGCAGUAAAAGAUAUCGAUGCAGAGUCAGCGCAUUCAUGUACAGAGAUAUACUUAAAAAUAAACACAAAAAAGAACGACAAAAAAUGGAAUUUCGAACAUCUGCAUAUUUCAGAAACAGAUUAUCAAUGACGUAGCGCCCGGAGGACGAAGUCUGACGUCAUUCCUAAUGACAAAUUCACGAAAAUAGAAAUAUUUAACAUUUGUAUGACAGUCAUUUUGGUAGUAGUUGUAUGAAAUCCGUAUGGAAUUUAUACAAAGAUAUAUUUGGACAACUUAUUCUUCUCUCCAUACAAAAAAAACUAUCUUUAACUGCGGUUGACUUUCAGUAUUCARAGAAAAUCAAAACAUUUGAAUCCUAACCGGAAAAAGUUUUGUAAUUGCUAAAUUACUUAGUGAUUUGCCUGUAUUUAUACUAAUAAUUUCUAUACUCUAAGCUAAAAAAAACACAGAACGGAAAAAUAUCAAUCAAUCAAUCAGAAGUAAACAGAGGAAGGUAGCAAGGCAGAUAUGUACAGAAGAGGCAACGAAAAUAAACAAACUUUAAUUAAAAUCGAUAUUAGUAUACACCAUUGUUUUAACACUGUCAUAUUUAUGCGAAGUAUUUUCUUUAUCCUUCUUGGUUUACAAUACAAAACAUUUAUUUUUUAAUUGAACGCGCUUUAAAAGAGCGCACAAAAGGCACAACACAAGACUUGCUGUUGUAAUAACGCUGUUAAUCUACGUAGAGAUAAUUAUUUUUUUCUUGCUCAAAAUCGUCGUAUUUUAUGUAAAUAUCGACAAACAAGCUGUAAUACAAUUCAAGGAAGUGUGAACUGCACUUAACUAUUGUAAACUGACAGAGAAACGCGGUCAAACUAAAGUGCUUCCCGAUCGAGUAGUACAGUGCCACAUUUGCGAUGUUGACAGAAAAUAAAUUUGUGAAGAUAUCUUAUGAGAAAUAAGGAUAAAACAUGAUGAAUUUAGUUUAUUCUGGUGCACAGAAUUACAACCAAAUGACGAGUUCAAUGUCAGAAAAACAAGUUAUUUAUUGCCAAGAUUAGGAAAAAACAACAACAACUGGACUCUCGUCCAAAUUGAAAUCCUUCCUUAGAAUGACAGUAUUGACCACGAUAAUUAAAGUCCAAAUAAAAAACAAAACAAAACAAACAAAAAACAAAGACUAAAAAGGUACCAAUAAUUAGAUAUCAUAUUUCUCUAAAUUAAAUUAAUUUAAAAUACGAACGAUUUGCUGAGAUAACUGAUGCGGCGUUGUACAGGGUCACUCCUUUCUAAAACCGACCAGAUCUUUCAUGUUGCAAGAUAUUAGGCCUCGUUUCGACAUUUUUAAGCGAUCAUUUUCAACAAGAAAACUUAAGAAACCUUACCAAUCACACGAAUUCUCUUUCCGGCCAGUCAAUUCCAAUUGCUCUAGAUAUGCUGCCGCUUUGCUCAUCCAAUCGACUUUAAUCCUACUUGGUAAUAAGCCUUUUAAGGCAUAAAAACAUAUCUUAAAAAAUCAUAUCUUCAAAUGAACAUAAAUUGUACAAAAGAAAAGGAAAAAUACCCAUAAUAAAGCGUUUGGAACAAAAAUUCUUGCAAGAAAUAAAAAAAUAUAAAGUAUAAAGCAAACAUCAACAGAAAAGUUUCACAUAACUCGAUAUUUUCCUCACUAAGAAAUAUUUUUCAGCUGUUCAUCGAACUAAACUUCGUUUAAGCUGUGAUUUACCGGAAAACAAAUUCAUUGUGAAUAAAACCUUAAAAAAUAUUCAACUAAUUCGAUCAAAUAACGUUGAAAGCUGCAAUGAGAAUAGCACGUSAAGUCGUUUGCAAACCAAGCUGUGUUUGACACACAUGCAUAAUUUAAUAUUCUAUAUAAUAUGCAAUUGUCUAUCACUAUUCUGAAUACAGAAGUAUAAAGCGUAUAAUAAAACAGAUAAUAACGUAUGAUAGAGUAUUAUUAUCUGCCUUAUUUAAUUACUGGGCAACCAUUUCUAGAUUAGCUGGAAUUUACAGUGAUACCAAGUAAAUAUCUUGGGCGACCAGGUUUAUGACCAGGUUUAAGAUUCGAUUUAUCGGCACGCAACCGCGCAUACCGUUACAAAACCGAAUAAAACACUCASAAACCCUCACAUACAAAGUCUUGUACAGUUGGAUUUUUUUUACAAAGCGAGCGGGAUACCUUGUUUAGAGAAUCGAGGAAGACAGGACUUCUACUAUUGCAGUCACGUGACUGCGUUAAUUAAUGGAGUUCAAAUGUAUUGUUUCAAUGGUGUCGAAGUUGACAAGAACUAAGCCGGGGUAGGAUAUGAAUGAUUAAUCGUAGAAAAUGCGCCGCUGUGUGAGGCUGUGUGAGUUCCCUUAACAACAGGCAUACAAAUUAAGGUGGCCGACAAUAAAAUCAAUAUCACAAAGGCGCUACCAGCCCAACAAUACAGGGCUUUGAAAGCAAUAGCCACCAGGCAGCUGACGACAACUGUUUUUGACAAUCUGAACGUAYAGUUUAUGUACUAUACGUCUAAAACUACAUUCCUUAAACAUACCAUUCGACGGCAAUUCAAAUGCAGCACCUUUGACCAGAAAAGACAGAAAAUUGUGUCCAGUCACAAGGGUUCAAUAAUACAAAAGGCCUCAUUGUCCGUCAUUACGACUGUUUUGGUUCCUGGCAACACCUUUAUUACAGAAAGGUUUCAUGGAAAGAAAGCUUUAGGAAGAUUAGGAACUCGAAUUCUGGAUAUUUCCGAAGAUUUCUGGACAAGAAAAGUACAUUUAUGUACUGUACAUGUAACGUUUUUCGUUACUUUUACGGUUUUCAAGAUCCAUGGAAUUAUGGCGUUGAAUAACACUACAGAGAGCGCRGUGCGGCUGAAUGGAUUUUAUUAUGCACGUCUAGUUUGCUAUGUUAUCAUUUUCAUCGUCGGUGUCAUUGGAAAUGUGCUCGUCUGCCUCGUGGUGUGUCGUCAACGUAAAAUGAAGAGUGUAACGAACUAUUUCAUUGUCAACCUAGCGGUGGCUGAUUUGGCUGUUCUCCUGAUCUGUAUUCCAUUUGAUUUUGGCGAAAUUGUAACUCAGUACUGGCCUUACGGMAGCGUUAUGUGCAAACUCAUAUACCCAUUACAAACUAUGGCAACAACGGCUUCGGUCGGUACGCUGGUAGCCAUCAGUCUUAAUAGGUUUAUUGCAAUAAUCUAUCCACUUCGUCCUCAACCAACCACAGGAGAUGCUAAAAAGGUUAUUUUCGUGGUAUGGCUGCUGUCGCUAGCUUUAGUAUCGCCGUAUAUAGCAGUUCUGCAGCAUAAAGAUCGCCAAUGUUAUGAAACAUUCAAGGACCGAGGGAUGAACGCUGGGAUAUACACUUUAUCUAUCUUUAUUCUACAAUAUGUCUUGCCUUUAACUCUUAUUGGGCUGUCUUAUAUACGGAUUGGCCGUGACUUAAGACGAGACAAAGGCUCAUAUUCAAACGAUGCUCUUCAGCGGGAACAAGAAAAAGAGGCUCACAAAGUCGUUAAAGUAUUGACUAUUGUAGUUAUUGUAUUCGCUCUUCUAAUGCUGCCUAAUCAUAUCGUUUUCAUCUGGAUAGACUUCGGUAAUGGAGGUAAUCACAAAUACAUUGACGACAUCGUUUCGCUGGGUCAGAUUUUAGUAUAUUUCAAUAGCGGGACAAAUCCGCUCAUCUACAACGCUGUAAACGAACAAUUCAGAGAGGGAUUUCGACUAUAUUUUCAAUCCUGGAAAGAAAUUAUCUUAAAACUGACAGGAAAGCAACAGAAUUCUGAACAAACGCAUCAAAAUGGCGGAGGACAUUGUAUGGUGUGCUCAGCCACGGGAAGUGAGAACGAGGGUCAUGGAGACGAACUUAAAAAUAACAAUAAUACUUCGACUAUUCGAUGUGCAGAAACAAGCGUAACAAAUGACGAUGCAACGGCAAAUCUUUUGACCAAAGUAUGAGCUUUCAAAACAAAGUACUGUACCAGCGUUCUUUUUCCCGAUACACGCGGCUCGUUUUCGGCGCUUCUUCCAUCGACUCUACCUCGGCCCCUUACCGUUCAAGUCGAAUUCAUGCGCAGCCCUUGAUUUUAUAAAAGUCUCCAAUAUCAGAGCAGCUAUGGUUGACAGAAACAAGCUACAGCAAGAGGAAUGCAUACAUGUAAAGUUGAAAUGACCUUACACUUAAGAAGACGUGAAAAUAUCUUCACAAAAUAUUCGGGUGAACUAGUAAGGAGCGUUUCGGACGUUCAUCCUUCGUCUAAAUAGCAAUUUACCGCUAGUUUCACCAUUUUGAACUUAUAAGCCAUUGUAAGGAAUAAACUCUGAAUGGAAAUCACGGAUUAGGUAUAUAACUUUGGUGUCAUUGUAGGUUUGCAUAAACGUACAUUUAUAUCUCCGUCUUUUAAUACAAGUUUACUGAAAAUGUAAAACAAAAUUUAUGACGAACGACAGAACUAAAACUUUAAGAUCAAUAAUACGUAGACUCAUUACAUAACGAGAUUGGUGAACACCAUUAUUAGUGAAACAGUUAUGGGCAUUAUUUGGUGACUAUUUAUCUUUGUAGUAUAAGUUUUUAGUAAAAUAUUUCUGAAUUAUGUUCUUUCUUCCAAAGUAAUCUAACUUGUAGCGUGAAAAGCGAAACAAUUUUGCAAAUAAUGAUCACUUUUUGUAAUUCAAAAAAAAWUGAAUCUUACGGACCCGAAGGCCGUAGAAUAGUGCCCGUAAUCGAUUGUAACCGCUAUUGGUGUUCGAAAUAUAGGGGUGCCCGUGAUAAAGAGGUCAUUUUACAAAGAAUACAAAGGGAAGAAAUCGCAGUGUUGUCAAUGUAAAUAAACUCCAAACACCAUAUUGUAAUAAGAUAAACUUGAAAAAAAAGAAACUAAAAAUGAAAGCGUUAAUUUUUAAAGUACUUAUUUUGCUAAACAAUUAAACGAUUUGUUUAUUUUGCUCGGUAAUUUUUUUAACAUAGCAAAGUUCAGUUCGCAAUAUUAACUUAAAUAUUUGCGUAUUUAUUUGCACGUGAAUCGUAGAUUUGUACAACGUUUGUAAUUGUACAACUUUUAUGUACAGAUUAAUAGAUUGAUGAUUUUCUACUAAGGACUAUAGAUAUCCUUAAAAUUAAACGCUAACUUCCAGUAAUUACUAAAUAAAAGAGUGCCGUAUGUGUUAAAUUACCGUUUUAAUUAGUGUAGACAAUGAGUCGACAAUCUCGACAAAUACAACGACUGAAUAGCGCCGGAAUAUUAAAUGUCGAUAUAAUUAAAACACAUGAUGAACUUCAGUUCACAAUCCCUUAUAUUAAAAAAGCCUUUAAUAUAAAAAAAUAAACAUAAAUCAUGAAAAAAAAUCAUGAAAUGAAAAUACAAAUGUCUAGCGUGGCUUUUGAUGGCGCGCGCGCCAAGUUUUCCCGCCUUUUUUGUGUCAGCUUUCUUGGUUACUAUUUACUGAUGUUUUUGCCUGCUUUAGUACACGAAGUCGAAUUUUAUUCUAUUUUGUUGCUCAAAAGAACUCAAUUAUUCCAUUAGAUGCUUAAUUAACCAUAAAAGAACCCAUGUCGCUUCCAACCCUUUUGAUCGUAACGGUAAGAAAGACUGGCUACGUUUCUGCUAUGAUUGUGGGUAGAAAACUGAAGCUUUUGAGAUUUUGUCUCGAAUAAUAAUUUCGUCUCUACUAAGAUGGUAUUAUACUAACCAAUUUCUCUUUUUUCCCAUGAUCGUCUUGUAAAUCAAAAUCCUGAAAAGAUAAAAAUAUAAUAUGAUUUUCCUGAA